AUGCUUAAUGGACCAACUGUCCUAUUAAAAAAUAGUACAACAUCAUUAUGUAAUCCAGUAAUCAAUAAUUUAUCAUCAAGAUCAUCAUCAUCAUUAACAUCAACAAAUAAUAAUAAUAAUAAUAAUAAUAAUAAUAAUAAUAAUAAUAAUGAUAAUGAUCAAAUUAAACCUGAUCUAUCUCAAUCAUCAUCAUGUUUAUCCACUACAUUAUUUACUAAUUAUUCAAUGCAUCCAAUUCAUAAUCAUUCUAUAUACACUACAAAUCUAUCAUCAUCCAUUAACUAUGAUAAUACUACUACAUUGAAUCAUCAUCAUCAAGCAUAUCAACUAUCAGAUUCAUUAAAAAGAACCAAUUUCAAUUGUCCUAAUAAUACCUUAUUCAUUAAUCAAGUUAUAAAGGAUAAAAUUAAAUCAUCGGAACAAUUAACAUCAACUAUAAUGAUAAAAAAUGAUGACAUAAUACAGAUUAGACGAAGAUUACCACCAUUAGGUAAAAGUGAUAGUAGUGAAACUGGUCUACAAAUCAAUAAUAAUAAUAAUAAUAAUGAAACUAAUAAUAGUAUUGUUACUACGACAACUAAAAUUGUAAUUGAACCUGAUCCUAAUGACAAGAAUAGUAAUAAUAAUGACAAUAUUGGUCAAUAUAAAACUAUUGAAGAAGGUGAUAUAAGUAAUGAAGAAAUUACUAGUGGAAAAAUGUUACAAAGUCAAUCAAAUUCAGUGAACAUUGAACAUAAUGAAUUAACAAAAUCAACUUUUCCAGUCUCAUCAUAUUCUAGUCUACGUGAUAUUGAUAAUGAUCAAAUAUGUGCCGUUAUUGUCAUAAUCGAUUACCAAGUUGUACACAUCAAUUAA